GGGUUUAGUGGUCUCUGGUAUCCCAUCUCCUCCCUCUCCCUGUGACACACAUGGGGCGCGCUCCGCUCCCGCACGCCCCCGCAGUAAAAGCGGGCUUCCCGCGGGGAGCCGCUCAGACUCGGAGCCGGACGGACCCGCAUCCUGCCGCCGCCAUGCUGGACAUCCUCACCUUCCUCCUGGAGCGCCUCUUCCUCCUCGCCCACAUCAAGCUGUCCAGCCUGCUGCCCCCGCAGCUGGCCCGCAGCUGUGACCGGGAGGACCCGCUCCCGCAGCCCCCCGCAGCAGCAGCGGCAGCCCCGCACAGGUUCCAGCGCGGGGACCUGCUGGAGGUCCCCCGGACCCUCUUCACGCACUUCGGGAUCUACCUGGGCGACAACCGGGUGGCGCACCUGAUCCCGGACAUCCUGCCGGUGCUGAGCUCCGACAGCCGGCAGAUCCAGCAGAUGGUGACCAACAGCCGGCUGCUGCUCGGCGUGCUGUCCAAGCGCGCCAGCAUCCGCGUGGACUCGGUGGAGGACUUCGCGUACGGAGCCGGGAUCCUGCUGAACGCCAUGGACCGGGCGGUGCCGCACAGCCCGCUGCCCGGGGAGGAGGUGGCCCGGCGGGCCGAGCGGCUGGUCGGCGGGGUGUCCUACAGCCUGCUGUGGAACAACUGCGAGCAUUUCGUCACCUACUGCCGCUACGGGGCCGCGCAGAGCCUGCAGACCGACCAGUUCUGUGAGUGGCUGAAGUCUCUGAUCCGGGACCAGCGCAGCGUGGUUCUGACCGGCCUGCUGGGCCUCCUGUCCGUGGCGUGUUUGGGCGUAUCCCCCGGCACCGCCCUGCCCUCCGCCCUCAUCCCCUUCACCCUGUGGAUGGCCAGCUAAGAGGCCAGAACAAACCCAGAGACUCUGUUCCUGAAGACGGAAAACAUCUGGCCUUUAACUAGACCGUUUGGGUUUUAGAGACGGAAACUGUCGCCCUGUCUGAUUGAUCUGGAAGUGAAAACAUUUUCUGCUACUUUGGACACUUUGAUAUUAUGGUUUCUUCUGUUAUUGUUUUUAUUUUCUCUCCUGCUGAAUAGAAACUUCAUUUGAUGAUUAUCAGCCAAUCAGGAGACAGAAAGGAACCAAAACAGCCGACUGAACAUUUUAGUUCAGAUUUUAAAGAUUUCUUCACAGAUAAAAAUCUCACGUUGACUCUGUUCUGGUUCUAAUUUUUAUCUUUGGCCGGUGGAUCUGUUUAAACAUUUGCUCUUCCCUCCAGUCUGCUCUUGUUCUUCAUCAUGUUUGGCUCCAUUUCUACUCAGUACGUCAGGAAUCUGUUUGGUUUUUGUUUCAGCGCUGUAACCUGGUGAAGAUGUAAAUAUUGUAAAUAUUCUUCUCGACCUGAUUGUUUCCUAACAGUCACAAACUUUUUUUUACCGUUUUAUAACUUGUUAUAUUGUGUUUUAAUGUGUAAAUAAAGGAAAUGGAAGGA